CACGGGUCGCAGGGAGCGCGAGUCGCCACCCGGGGAUAUCGCGGUCUCCACCCGGUCGGAGGCCGAGGUCAGGAUGGGAGAGGAGACGGAAGAGGCCUUGGAGGGCCGGCCCGAGGAAGUCGUGCGCGAGAUCGUCGUGAGUGUAAAGCCGUGCAGGGAGGACGUGCUGCGGAUCGAGGAGGAGGAGAGCAAACUCGAGGAGUAUUGGUCACUGCCCGGUGAUACGAGCGGCUUCAAGGCCGACUGGAGCUUCGUGCAGCAGUGGCGCUUGCGCGGGCCAAGUGGAGGCAACCGUGACUUGUAUGUCCCUACAUACACGAACGACAUCACAAAUGGUUCUUCAAAGAUUAAUGCCGUACACAUGAUAGCCGAGCGGGACACCGAUAGCGUCGCACCAACUCCGACGCCGACGACGCCCACCGCUCAUCAUCCCCAUCAAUCACAGCAUCAUCAUCUCAGCCUUCACGAGCUAAGAGCACUUCAGCGGAGGCCGGAAUGCACGGGCAACAGCUCCUCGGACGAGAACCGCUCAUCGGGUCACGCGAGCAUGUCGGACACCGGAGGCCACACGAGCAGCAGCUCACCGCCUCACAGACAGCACCGCACACACAGCCCACAGGCGCUCAACAGCGUCCCCGAGGACGAGCGACUCUCGGCGUCGGUGACCCAGAGAAACGGCCGGAACCGCACCGGCCAGAGCCGCAAUCGACAUCGCGCCAUCCCCGCCAAGUUGCAGGUUCCCUGGUCCGGUUCCGGUCUCGAGGACAUCAAGCUCGCCAUCCAGCAAUUGACGAUGCGCUCGCACACCUCGACCUCCACCUACUCGUCAUUGAGCGGCUCCGAGAGCUCGGAGCCCGCGGUGCGUCGGCUGAUGCGUCACUCGAGUCUCGAGACCAUCAACACCAACGUGACGAGCGCCGACGAGUUCGUCUGGGUCGACUCGCACAAUCGGCUCGUCGAGCUCCAGCAGCUCCCCUGGACUCAUCAUGACGUGCUGCGAGUACUGCAGAACGGACGGACGCGCGACCACAUGGCCCAGGUGACCAUGGAGACAGUCCCGAGACUAUCCUAUCUCCUGCAACGCGCCCUCGUCCGAGUCGGCCGUGAGAUCCAGCGGCUGGCCAAGCCACUCGGACUCUGUGGCAAGCACGAGGUCUACAGCGCCUUCAAGAUUUUACUUUGCCCGGCCCUCGCCGACUCCUGCACUAAGGCCUGCCUCAGGGCGGCGGCGAUGUUCGCGGUCUCCGGCGACCAGCUGAAGCAGUCCAAGGGUUCGCGCUCCGGCCUUCAACUGCCGGUGGGCCGCUUUCUGCGCUGGAUGUCGGACGUGAGGCUUGGUCGCAUGAUUCACGAGUACGCGGCUGUCUACCUCGCGGCCGGCAUCGAGAACCUCCUCGAGGAGAUGGUGCUGCAGUGCGUGCCGAGCGAGCCCCAGGCGAGUCUCACCGCGACGAUGCUCGAGCAUGCGAUCGCCAACAGCGGUGACCUCUGGGGACUCCUGCAACCCUACGCCCACUUGAACGCUGGCAGGCUCGCCUCGGGGGCCCUGGCGAUGCCGCGGUGGGCGAGCGUCAGCUCCCUCGGUUCCUCGGGCUCGUCGCGCAGCGGCAAGGACGCCCAGAGCCUCGAGCCUUCGCUCCUCACAACCUGCGUCGGCUCCAUGCAAGAGCUCGUCGACCUCGUCACGAAACUAGCUCAUUCCGGCAGAUGUCUACUGCCCCUCACCGCCAAGGCCCUUAACGCUCUCUUCUACUACAUGCGCUGCUCUCAGCUGGAACAUGGCGAGCGGGGCUCCGGGAUCCAGGAGCUGGCCUACGAGCGGGCAUACGUCGUGCUUCCGCCGCUGGUCGAGUGGCUGCGGGUCGCGAGUGCUCACGCCGAGCACAGACACGCCCAGUUCGUCGACCACGACGACAUCGGCCAGGCAGCGAGGCUGCUACUACCCGGUGUCGACUGCCCCGUCAGGCUUAUUUGCUCCGACGAGGUGACCAUUAGCUCGAAUAGAAUCGACGACUCGGAGUACGUUCGCCGUUUCAGCCUGGAAAUGGCCUUCAAGCUGUUAACCAGCGGUCGACCCGAGCUGAUAUCCCAGGCACUGGCGUUUUUGCCGGCGACGAAACUCAACACGGUCAACGACAGUGGCUUCACCGCGCUCAUGCUCGUGUGCAUCAACGGGAACGAAAGCGCCGUGCUGGCGCUCAUAGACGCAGGUGCCGAUCCCAAUGUCGAAAGUCCAGCUCCAGCGGCGAGUCAGUCCUCCGUAACACCGACGAGGUAUCCCUUAAUCGUCGGCUCGUCGAAUUCGAGGAGCAUCGUUUGCCAGUCCUCGACACCGAGCCCCAACAAGUGCGCGAAUCUCAGCGCCUCCUCGGGUUCGCUGAGCGGCACUUCCAAUCAGAAUAACAAUUAUCAGUCGCAAACGAGCCCAGUGGGUUUUUAUGCGGAGACUCAGCACUGGACAGCACUGACUUAUGCAGCCCUCAUAGGCCAUUGCAACAUCGCCAGGAUAUUAUUGGAGCGUGGCGCGGCCGUGGAGGGUGGCGCGAAGCUCAGCGAGGACAAGUCGACGAUAACUCCAUUACAGGCGGCCACCGCCUCUGGGAAUAACGAGAUGGUAGGGCUGCUGUUGGCUCACGGGGCCCAACCCUUUCUAUUCACCUUGGUCAAAGACACCUUCUGCUAUUCCGGCUCGGCUCAGCGCGGCUGCUACAGCGCUAUAUCCGUGGCAACGGCGCACGGGCAGCGGGGCUGCCUGCACCAGCUGCUCUCCCAUCCGCUCAAUUUCUCCGCUAGACGAGGCGAGAAGGAGGUGCUGUCGCUGGAGGAGAUACUCGCGGAGGGUAACUCGGGCACGGUGCAGCAGCACGGACUGGACGACCGGGGGAGCCAGAGGGAUGGUAACGAGCCGGUAUUCAGCAAAGUUCAAAAUAAAGCACUUCAAGAGGCCAUGUAUCACAGUGUCGAGUGCAAUCAUUUGGACAUAACGAUGGAGCUGCGAGGGCUGGCAGUUCCGUGGACGUUGCAUUGCUGGAUGCACAGCCUCUCUACAGCCCACGAGAUGCGAAUAGAUUCCGUCAUCGAUCAGCUUUUGCACGACUUCCUUCAAGUUUGCCCCGACCUUUAUUCCACGCAAUUCGUUCAAGAAUGCCUUCCCUUACUCUUCAAUAUAUUUCGAUACAGCAAGGUAUCUACGAUCGACAAUAAGGAAGGUACGACGCUAUUAUUAGCGGAUAUAUUUUGUACCUGUUUUGGCUGGGAGCCGAUAAAGCCGAUUCGAGAUACGACUCUAUCGAGUGGAUCGAGAAUAGAUCCAAAGUUCGUUAAUAAUCCAGAAUUGAGUGACGUUCAAUUCCGGGUGGAAGGCCGAGUGUUUUAUGGUCAUAAGAUCGUUCUCGUCACAUCGUCUCCGAGAUUUAGAAAUAUGUUGAGUUCCAAGCUGUGCGAAGGAAAUCCACCUAUUGUCCAAAUUAACGAUAUUCGAUACCAUAUUUUCCAGUUGGUCAUGGAAUUUUUAUAUCACGGUGGAUGCGCGACGCUAGACGUCAAUCAAAGCGACGUUCUAGAAUUGAUGGCGGCUGCAAAUUUCUUCCAGUUGGACGGCUUAUUACGUUUCUGCGAAGCACAAUGUUCCGCGAUGGUUGAUCUCGACAAUAUCGUGUCCAUGUACAUUCAUGCAAAGGUUUAUAAUGCCGUACAAUUACUCGAAUACUGUCAAGGAUUUUUGCUGCAAAAUAUGGUAGAACUUCUUACGUAUGAUGAUUCGGUAAAGAGAUUAUUAUUUGCUAAAAAACUACCAAAUCACGAUGUUCUUGCUGGUCUUCUUUUAACAUUACAAGCUAGAAUAAAAGCCAGAAGACCGCAAAGCGUAAAAUAAACUCAAGAUCUACUAUUUGAAUAGAUUUUUUUAUUGCGAUGUUUAAGUAUUUAUUAUAACAUUACUCACAAUGUUAAGUUUUCGACUGAGUUUUAUCGAUGUAAAAAGUUUUUACGUAAUUCUUUUAU